UUAGAAAAGUUUGCUCCCAAAUUCGCAGAGUGAGAGAAAAAGCUAUGGCUUCCACAAGCUCACCAAUCCUCCAAAUUCUCCGACCCCGAUGCCGAGUAAACACCACCGUCCGCGCCGCCGUUGUGAAAUUGCAGCCGGAAUCUCUCUCCGCCGGCACAACGCGGCGGCAGGCGCUGCUGUUUUUCACUGCGACGGCGGCGAUUGCGGCGAGAGAGAAUCCGUCAAUGGCAGAGGACAUUCCUCUGUUCGGGCUGAGGAAGAAGCUGAAGAAGGUGGAGGAGGAGGCGGAGGAGAUCGUGAGGGAAGGAUUCGAGGCGGCGGAGAAAGGAAUCGAGACGGCGGAGCGAGGGAUCGUAACGGCGGAGCGGGGAAUCGAGGCGGCUGAGAGAGAGAUCGAAACGGCGGAGAAAGAGAUCGAAACGGCGCUGAAUUUCGGUGCGCUGUCGCAGGCAGGGGCGGUCGCCGGAGCUGAGGUAGUCGGAGUUCUCGUCGCUACGUCGAUUGUUAACGGUAUUUUGGGUCCUGAAGGUCAGAGUUAAAUGUGUAUGUUAUUAAAUUGGGAUUUUUUUUGUUUUUAAUUUUUAAUUGUUUUUUCGUAACUGCUUUUCUGGCUCGGGUUAGUGUUUAUAAUUAUUAAUUAAUGAAUGUUGUGGUAUUCUUUGCCUAAUUAUUUAGUUCGAAAAAUGAUGUCAAAUUUGGUAUAA